AUGAUUGGCUGGGGUCCCACUGCAACUGUACAGGGUCCCAUUGGGACUGACCAGGGUUACAUCAUGACUUGCCUGGGUCCUGUCAUGACUGAUCGGGGUCCCACUGCAACUACCCAAGGUCUUGCUACAUUGUAUAUAUGUAAGCAACUUGGGAAAGCUUUUAACACAUGUGAAUAUUUUAAAAAUCAUGAAAGAAUUCACAUUGGAGAGAAACCCUACAUAUGUAAGCAAUGUGGGAAAGCUUUUACCACACAGGCAUAUUGUAAGGAUCAUGAAAGAAUUCACACUGGAGAGAAACCCUAUGUAUGUAAGCAAUGUGGGAAAGCUUUUACCCAUCGUGGAAAUUGUAAGAAACAUGAAAGAAUUCACACAGGAGAGAAACCCUAUGUAUGUAAACAAUGUGGGAAAGGUUUCAGCCAAUCUGGAAGUUGUAAGGAACAUGAAAGAAUUCACACUGGAGAGAAACCCUAUGUAUGUAAGCAAUGUGGGAAAACAUUUACCAAACAUAGACAUUGUAAAAAGCAUGAAAGAAUUCACACCGGAGAGAAACCCUACGUAUGUAAGCAAUGUGGGAAAGCUUUUACCACACGUGCAUAUUGUAAGAUACAUGAAAGAAUUCACACUGGAGAGAAACCCUAUGUAUGUAGACAAUGUGGGAAAGCUUUUAAUACGCAUGCAUAUUGUAAAUAUCAUGAAAGAGUUCACACUGGAGAGAAACCCUAUGUAUGUAAGCAAUGUGGGAAAGCUUUUAAUACGCAUGCAUAUUGUAAAUAUCAUGAAAGAGUUCACACUGGAGAGAAACCCUAUGUAUGUAAGCAAUGUGGGAAAGCUUUUACCCAUCGUGGAAAUUGUAAGAUACAUGAAAGAAUUCACACAGGAGAGAAACCCUAUGUAUGUGAGCAAUGUGGAAAAGGUUUCAGCCAACCUGGAAGUUGUAAGGAACAUGAAAGAAUUCACACUGGAGAGAAACCCUAUGUAUGUAAGCAAUGUGGGAAAGCAUUUACCAAACAUGGACAUUGUAAGGAACAUGAAAGAAUUCACAUUGGAGAGAAACCCUAUACAUGUAAGCAAUGUGGGAAAGCUUUUACCACACGUGUAUAUUGUAAGGAACAUGAAAGUAUUCAUACUGGAGAGAAAUGCUAUGUAUGUAAGCAAUGUGGAAAAGCUUUUACCACACACAGAGUUUGUAAACAGCAUGAAAAAAUUCACACUGGAGAGAAACCC